AUAUUUUUAGUCAAUGAGUGGAUGAGGUGCUGGUUGUAACAGUAAAGAUAAUACUGGACAGACCAGUAAAACAACGCCGGAACAUAACUGUAUAUAUAUUGGUCGGGUUCCUCUCUUUAGCCAUCAUUCACUGAUCGCUUGACCAACUGCCGAGAGAUCUCCACGUCCUCUAUAAACUGCCAUCAUGAACAUGUCCAUUCUUGCCCUGGCUGUUUUCGCCUCCGUCUUCCUUUUGGUAAACAGUUCAGUUUUACCCCACGGUGAACACUAUGGUGAACACUAUGGAAAAGAAGGCCACGAUGAAGCCCACCAUGGUGUAGCUUCUGCUGAACACGUAGCAAACAACGCCUACGCUGAACACGGUGAACAUGGCGUGAAAGCCGCCUACGACGUCGGUUUCCGCAACCAUGAACACGAUCACGUGGACAACUAUGGACACCAUGAACACGACGAGGACCACGACAAACACAAGGACGACAUGUUGGAAAAAUAUGGAAACUUUGUUGCUCAUGCUGGCCACAACGCAUACGGCGGUGAACACAGUGCUGUAGCUGGGCACGCUGCUGCGUACGGUGCUGAAGGUGGACAUGGCGCAUAUGCUGGUCCCGGUUAUGAUGGACAUGCAGGUUACGGAGGUUUUGGCGGGUACGGUUUCGCUGGUCGUGGUGCUCUAGCAGGUGGCCUUGUUGGUCACGGUGGCCUUGUUGGUCACGGUGGUGUUGUUGGUCACGGUGGUGUUGUUGGUCAUGGUGGUGUUGUUGGUCACGGUGGACUUGUUGGUCACGGUGGUGUUGUUGGUCACGGUGGUCUUGCUGGACACGGUGGAUACGGCUAUGGCGGUUUAGGUUAUGGUGGAUACGGUUAUGGUGGAGCUGGCUAUGAUGGACACGCUCUUGCAGGACACGGUUUUGGUGGACCUGGUUUUGAUGGACAUGGUUUCGGUGGAUAUGGUUACGCUGGUCUUGGUGGACAUGGCCAUUAUUAAACAGGACUUUAAAAAAAAUGAGAACUCCCUAAUUCUGAAAAUACUAAUAAUUAAUACAAUUUGUUGCUGUUUGUAAUUAAAUAAACAUAAAAUUACUGUCAAUGUUGCUGGCAA